AUGUCUGCUUCUCAAGAUGUUACCAUCAACGGUGUUGUCGUUGUUGGAGAUGACGACGAGCAAGACAGGAAUACUCCCAGCGGGUCUGACCACGAAGACUCAGACGGAAAUAACGAUAAGCACGAUACUCCUAGCGGGUCUGAAUACGAAGACGACUUCUUCGGCAAAGCUCUUCCCAAACAGCCUGCGAAGACGUCGAACAAAGGCAACUUCAUUCCCAAGCGGCUCCCAGUAAAGCCGUCUCAAACUGCGGAACUUCUGAAUAAUCUACAAUAUCAAGCUACUGCACAGUCAAUCAGUCGCCCAGAGAUCGAGAAACUGGAAGAUGCCAUGCUUGAAGCCGAGGAAUCUAGGUCAGAGGUGACAAACCGGGUGCGACAACUCUAUACCCUCAGCAGUAAUCCUCACCGCAAGAUCGAUAUAUGCCCAGGGCGUUGCUUGGAACAAUUGGACGUCUUAAGCCUUCUUCAUAUCAAGGGGCUAGAAAGAUGCGCUUGGUUCACGGACGCGGUGAUUCUCGCACUCCUGGCGCUCGAAGGCCCGCUUCAAGCUGAUGUUUACACUGAGCUCGACUUUGGGAUAUUCCUUGAUGAAAUCUACGUCGAGAAGAGCUUAGACGAGGAAAUCUCGAGGGCGGAAUCGGGAGAGAUGUUGGAAUUCGGCUUCCCUUUCCAAGAUGUGACAAGCAACCAUGCGCGUAUCAUGGGCGUCAUCAAUCCGUCUGGAAUUCAUUGGCUCACAUUCGAAUUCGUCUUGGGAACGAGGGACUCCUUGCCCACCCUAUUCUACUACAACUCGGUGCAACAUCCAUCACAGCGAGGUCCAAGCUACAAGGCGGUCAAGGAUACUUUACCAAAGCUGCUCCACCUGGCAAGCCUUCAACCAAAUUCGCCACUUGCAGGACUUGAGGCGAAAGACGUGUUGGUCAAGGAAGUGGAUUGUCCCCAACAGGCAGGCGACCACGAGUGCGGACCCAUGAGCAUCUUCUGCUACACUCGUCGGCUCUACAAUCUGCCUGUGUCGGUAGACUUACCACGAAAGAUUGACAAGCGUGAGUUUGGGGAAUGGACACGAAGCGAAUGUGUUGGGCGUCUCGUAGAUGAGAAGAAAGGCAUUUCGUGCUCGCUUGGGCGGAGGUUCGCCGAUCCACUACCGACGUUUGGAAACAUCGAAAGCUUGCGUAAAGACAACGACCGCCGUCUUUACGCAGCAUUGAACUACCUACGCGCAGCUGACUGCGGUGAUGAUAUCGACAAAACCAUCGAUUGUCACGUUGAAGUGAAUCUCAUUCGCGAACUAGAGGAAGCGAGAAAUCGUUACGAUGUUCAGCCCUACGACAUCCAACUCAACAACAGCGUGCGAGAAUUACUCGCUGAACUGGCGGCCAAGAGUGGUCGGAUUAUGCGGGCAAUAUGUCCAGAGGGAUUUGGCGAUGCGGACGCUGCUGGAAGCAUUUCCAAUACUGGGACCAACAUUUCUUCGGCUUCCAAAACUCGGAUAGAUGUACGGUUGUCGAAGGCAGACACGAAGACUGUUCCAUGGACACAUCCUAUAACAGGAGAAUUGAUGGAAGGCACAGUCGGCGAGCUCCCAUCCUCGACUGUAUCCGCGCCAAUGUAUCGCAUCGAGAUGGGCGUAAAGGGGCCUGAUACAACAUCAAUCAUUGCUGUUAUGCGUUAUUCAUGUCGCUCCCACAUGUGGAAAACCCACGUCCAUGAUUGCAAGAUCAAAGGUAUAGAGCCGGAUCUGACAGUCUUAUAUCGGGAAGAAAUGGGUAUCGCAGCGAAAUGGGCCGACAUGUAUAUGCGAUCUGUUGCCGAUACUGGUCCGGCACAUCUCAUCAUCUAUGCCGGAACCCGGCUGCAAACGUUCGUACUUCCCGCAGUUGGCCACGACAUGUACGACAAUGCCGAGUACAGGGGUCCGGCAUGUCCUGUGUGUAGUGACUACGACGUAUGGAAACUCACAGGACAGCAUCUUGCGUCCGAGUUAACCGAGGAAUUCAAGACUCACGUGGCUAAGGUUCAUAUACGCGGGAAUGAGGUACCUGUGGAGAAACCUACCACGGGUAAAUACUACGCCUCGUGCAAUUGGCCGGGUUGCAAGAAAAAGGUGGAAGGGGCAAAGCCAUCCACAGUGACGUCUCACAUACUUCGUCAUCAAGUUGGAAAGCACAUCCACCAAUGGCUUAAGGAACAGUUGGGCAAGAUCAGACUUGUACGCGGGAGCUCAUCGCCACCUCCACAACUCCCAACAAUCUCAACGUCACAAGAUACAGAGACGGCGUCUGGGGUAUCACGAACUCUACAGUUCAUUAUUGGAGAGUAUGUCUUUACUCGGAGAUGCUCCUACUGUCCAGAUGAACAGAAGUUCAGCAAUCAGGAGAACUUCCGGCUGCAUCAAUAUGAAACCCACGCGGCACCGGUCGACGCGGAGUUCAGGUGCGACUAUAAGCUUUUCACACCCGAGAAACUCGGUGAGAACUGGGAAAAUCUACCGCGUGCUUUGAAGAGCCGUAUGACUCUGUUGCUGGCUGAGACCGAAAACCGUUGUCCAUGUGGAGAUUCCGUCACUGCGUGUCGGCAACUAUUUAACACUCCAGCAGAGUUGCUGCGCCAUUGUGACAAGGUCCAUGCCAAAGAACCAGCUCUGUGGUCAAUGAUUACAGAAAACCAAUGUGGCCUCGCGUUUGCAUCACACGAAGAACUGCGCAACCAUACCAUGAUCUGUCAUGAAAAUGUUAUUGCAUCAGGGAGGAAUGAUUGGAGCGCGAAGAAGCCAACACGUGAGAUUGAGUGGACUCGCGCGAUCACCAUGGACUUGGACGAACUCGCACAAUCUACCACUACGCCUGUACUCCUAUCGAUUGGGGCUGAUGGGUUUACAUGCAAUCCGUUGCUCAUGAGCGAGUGGCUCAAACAGCGUGGUCGCAACUUCAUCUUCGCAGUUACGCACGAUAAUGAAAGCACGCUGGACACAGAGUAUCUUACGCCUGUCGGCGAAUCAUACGUUACUACCUACGAUCUUCGAAUCCUCUCUAGACAACCAAGCGAAAAAGGAGACCCGCGUCAUGUUGACCUAGUGAAUUACUGGGACAGGCUACAGAGCACGAAAGACGGGGUCUCAAAGAAUAUCCGGCCAAGAAAUCAAGUACCACGAGAUAAGUCUACAAAGAAACGAGAUUGA